AUGGAUGAUAUCGAGGACCGACUGCGCAGCCAUGCGCAGGCAUUCGACGGUUUACUGUCUUUGAUCCCCGCCAAAUAUUACUACGGCGACGACAAUACCAGUGAUCAAUGGAAACGGAAAAAGCAGACGAAAGAGCAAGCCCGUGAGGCUAAGCGUGCAAAGUUGGACCCCGAAUCCGCCAAGACCGCCAAAGACGUGAUGGAUGAAAAUGCUCGUAAGCGCAAGCGUGAGGAUGGAUCUCUCGAAAGCGACUCGUCGGACGGUGAAGAACUAGGCUCCGAACUGCCCGGUGAGGGUCUCAACCGGGGAGAAAAGGCCAAGAAGCAAAAGCAGACUGAGAAAUCGGAUGCCGCUUCGAAGGCAAAGUCAGAGGGCGCUGAGGCCCGGAAGAAGCUGAAGGAAGAGAAGAAGGCCCAGAAGAAGGCUGCGCAAAAGGAGAAGAAGAAGGCCAAGGAGAGUGCCAAGAAGGAAAAACUGCAACAGACUGAGAAGCCAUCCUCCACGGCUGCAGAGAAGUCAACAUCGAAGAUCGACAAGGCCGCUGAGGAACCUGCUGCCUCCGACAACGAGGACGGCGACGAUCUCGAGGACGGAGUCGCCGAGGAAGGAUUCUCACUCGAAUUCAACGAGGAGCCCGAGGGCCCCUCUUCCGCCUCAUCCACCCGCAACUCCCCCGAUGCUUCGAAUCCUCAAUCAGGCAGCUCCUCCAUAUCCUCCAUUGUUCCCCCUUCUACCGCCACCGAUGCCAAAUCUACCGAGCCCAAGGCCUUGAAGGCCACGCCAGAAGAACUCAAGCAACGCUUGCAAAAGCGUCUUGAUGAGCUUCGAGCAAAGAGACACGCUGAUGGCUUCAACGGCAAGCCUGCACGCAACCGUCAAGAGCUGAUCGACUCACGGAGACAAAAGGCUGAGCAGCGCAAGGCCCACAAAAAGGAACUGCGUCAAAAGGCCAAGGAGGAAGAGCAGCGCCAAAAGGAUGAGGCCAUGGCUCGUCGAUUCUCCCCUGGUGGUUCUGGAUCUCUGCUUGCCUCUCCUCGCUCCCCCGCCGAGUCUGUCGGAUCCUCCAGCAACAACUUCUCUUUCGGUCAUGUCAUGUUCGCCGAUGGUCAACUCGCCGAUUCCUCUCUCUCCAGCGUCCGUGAUCAGUCCAAGACCCGCGGCCCCAAGGAUAAGGAUGCCGCCGCCCAGCUCAAGGCUGCAGAGGCCAAGAAGGCCCGUCUCGCCGAAAUGGACCCGGAAAAGCGUGCCGAGCUCGAGGAGAAGGAUGCCUGGUUGAACGCCAAGAAACGCGCCCACGGUGAACGAGUUCGUGACGACACCUCUCUAUUGAAGAAGGCCCUCAAGCGCAAGGAGACCGCGAAGAAGAGAUCCGAGCGUGAGUGGAAAGACCGCAUCGACACCGUCUCUCGCAUGAAGGAACAGCGUCAAACCAAGCGUGAAGAGAACCUGCGCAAGCGACGUGACGAGAAGGGCACCAAGGGCAAGGGCAAGAAGCCCUCCGGCGGUGGCAAGAAGAAGGCUCGCCCCGGUUUCGAGGGCAGCUUCAAGGCCAAGGUUGGCGGCAAGAAGAAAUAA